AUGCCUACAGACAAUCUGGACGUCGAGGUCCGACUCCGACCCAACAGCACGUCAACGAUCCGCGCGCGAAGCACGCGACCUGAGCUAGGAUUUGAACGGUCAAGCAAGACGUCGGGAAUGUCACGGGAGGCGCUUCAUGGGAUGGAAUCGCUGAUCCUAACGCUCGCUGCCUCCUCGCGACAGGCGAUCGUGAGACGUGCUCUAGAACGCCGCUCGCGACCCGGUAGAUGCCUGUCAAAACGCCACGAGCGUGCUCGGGCCGUCUUUGAGAUUAGAGGGAAGUGCAAGCGAAGCGCGGCGAACCACUUCCGGGUGGGUGGAUGGGUCGCACAAAUGAUGAGGCUCGGAGAGCCAAUUGCGCACUCAGCCUGGCGCUGCACCUCGGGACAAGAGUUCUGUCUGGAUAGUGCCCCGAUUGCCGAACAGCCCUGUGAGGUUGUGCCCCUUCCGUUACGGAACGUGCCAUCGCAGCCAUCCGCGGAUGCUACUCGGAACUCGCAAAUCAGACCUGGCUGUUUUGCGCAAGCGACCAACGAUCUUCGCUGUCCGAUGACGCAUACUGUAACGUCGUCCGCAUGGCCAAUGAUACCCAUUUUGAUCACUGUUCCAGGCACAUCGUCAUAAUUAGGCCGAAUUAACGCGCGAACGCUGAACCCUGGUCAUUUGCAGUUUCCACGCCAAUGGUAGCACGUUCCAUCGGUGGGGCUCCAGCAGAAGUCGGGUGAACUUGGUGCCGUUGGUGAUGUUUGUGGCUUGUA